UUUAAUUAAGAGAGUUCAUAUUCAUAUUUACGUGUCAUUGCAACGAUUUAGGAUUUCAAAAGGGUUUGCACCAGGAGAGAAAGAAAAUGGAUUGUUUCCCAUGCUGCAAUAAGCCUGAGGCUGAAACUGUUCCUCUGAACAAAAGUCCCAUGGAAUAUGCACAAUCCAGGAAAUCCACAUUCAAAUCUUUUUUGGGGGCUCUCUCUUCCAAAACAGGUAGCAGCAGACAAAAACAUAUUACUGCUGAGAUACGAAAAUAUGGAACAGCGAAGAACAAUGCUCGAGUCUUCACAAUCCAAGAACUCGCCUCCGCAACUGACAACUUCAGUUCUGAAUGUUUGAUUGGCGAAGGUGGUUUUGGCAGUGUCUACAAAGGAUACAUACAAAGCAUUGACCAAGCUGUGGCUGUGAAGCGACUGGACAGGAAUAAAAUGCAAGGAAGUAGAGAAUUCUUUUCAGAGGUAGUAACGUUGAGUCUAGUGAAGCAUCCCAACCUCGUCAGGCUCAUAGGUUAUUGCAUUGAAGGAGAUCAAAGGAUGUUAGUUUAUGAAUUGAUGGCCAAUGGCAGCCUCGAAAGUCACCUUCUAGAUUUAGAGCCAGAUAAGGAGGGACUGGAUUGGGCUACGAGAAUGAAAAUAGCAGAAGGAGCAGCGAGGGGCAUGGAGUAUCUGCAUGAAGAAGCAGAUCCACCGAUAAUAUACAGAGACUUGAAAGCAUCAAACAUAUUGUUAGAUGAGAACUUUAAUGCCAAGCUGUCAGAUUUUGGAUUGGCCAAGAUGGGACCAACAGAGGAAGGCAAGGAUCACGUCUCCACCAGGGUGAUGGGGACAUAUGGGUACUGUUCACCCGAGUAUGCUUUGACUGGGCGUGUCACCACAAAGUCAGAUGUGUAUAGUUUUGGAGUUGUGUUAAUGGAGAUCAUCACCGGAAGAAGAGUCUAUGAUACUUCUAGAGCAGAAGAAGAGCAAAAUCUUAUCGAUUGGGCACAGCCACUGCUUGAAGACAGAGAGAAGUUCACACUAAUGGCAGAUCCAUUGCUGAAGGAUAACUUCCCAGUGAAAGGACUUUUCAAAGCACUCGCAGUGGCAGCCAUGUGUCUGCAAGAAGAAGCAGACACAAGACCUUUGAUGAGUGAUGUAGUAACAGCCCUUCAGCAUAUAACACUCCCAGUAAAUGGUGAAGAAGAUGAUCCUCAAUAUAAUAAAGAAGAAUCUGUAAAAAUAGCAGGCCACGUUGAAUCAUUUAGGGUUGGAAGUUCACAUGUAGACUAUCAACAACAUGAAAGGUUUGGAAAUUCACGUGUAGACAAUCAACAACAUCACAGGGUUGGGAGUUCAAGUGUAGGCCAUCAACAACAUCACAGGGUUGGGAGUUCAAGUGUUGGCCAUCAACAUCAUCACUGGGCUGGAAGUUCAAGUGCAGGCCAUCAACAAUUGUAG